UAAAACCAUCUUCUUUUCCUCCCUGGAUUUCUUUUAUAUCCAAUUCCAAAUGAUUCUUGAGGCUCUCAUUUUGGUAUUUCUUUAUGGUUUCUGGAAAAUCCUAGCCAGAAAUAGUGAAGGCAAAAAAUCAACCAGAGCCCCUGAACCGUCCGGGGCAUGGCCGUUAUUUGGUCACCUCCCUAGUCUAGUUGGCAAAGACCCAGCAUGUAAAACCCUUGGAGCCAUUGCCGAUAAAUAUGGCCCUAUUUACUCACUCAAGUUCGGCAUUCAUCGAACCCUAGUGGUCAGUAGUUGGGAAACAGUGAAGGAUUGCUUAAACACCAAUGACAGAGUUUUGGCUACUAGAGCAGGCAUAGCAGCAGGGAAACAUAUGUUUUAUAACAACGCAGCUUUUGCAUUAGCCCCGUACGGACAGUAUUGGCGAGAUGUCAGAAAGCUGGCCACUCUUCAGCUUCUAUCAAAUCAGCGGCUUGAAAUGCUUAAGCAUGUCCGUGUAUCAGAAGUAGACACGUUCAUCAAAGGUUUGCACAGUUUUUAUGCAGGAAAUGUGGACUCCCCUGCGAAGGUGAAUAUAAGCAAAUUGUUGGAAAGCUUGACGUUCAACAUAAACCUUAGAACAAUAGUCGGGAAGCGAUAUUGCAGCAGCACAUAUGACAAGGAGAACAGCGAGCCCUGGCGUUACAAAAAAGCCAUAAAAAAAGCCUUGUAUCUGAGUGGGAUUUUUGUAAUGUCGGAUGCGAUUCCAUUUCUUGAAUGGCUUGAUUAUCAGGGGCAUGUAAGUGCUAUGAAGAAGACUGCCAAGGAACUUGAUGCCGUGAUACGAAAUUGGCUGGAAGAACAUCUUAAGAAAAAAAUAGAUGGCGAAUUGGGAAGCGAUCGUGAGAGCGACUUCAUGGACGUGAUGAUCUCUAACCUUGCUGAAGGUCCUGAUAGGAUUUCUGGCUAUUCGCGUGAUGUUGUCAUCAAGGCAACAGCUUUGAUUCUCACCCUCACAGGAGCAGGAAGCACAGCAACUACAUUAGUUUGGACGCUGUCCCUAUUGCUAAACAACCCAACCGUGCUAAAGGCUGCUCAAGAAGAGCUGGACAAGCAAGUAGGAAGAGAAAGAUGGGUGGAAGAAUCAGAUAUACAGAACCUCAAGUACCUCCAAGCAAUUGUGAAAGAAACCCUGCGCUUAUACCCUCCAGGCCCCUUAACCGGAAUACGUGAGGCCAUGGAAGAUUGUUCUAUUGGUGGCUAUGAUGUUCCUAAGGGCACUCGACUAGUAGUUAACAUAUGGAAGCUACAUCGAGACCCUCGUGUGUGGAAAAACCCAAACGAGUUUAAACCUGACAGGUUCUUGACAACCCAUGCUGAUCUUGAUUUUAGGGGUCAAAAUAUGGAGUUCAUUCCUUUUAGCUCUGGGAGAAGAUCUUGCCCUGCCAUAAAUCUUGGCUUGAUAGUGGUUCAUCUGACACUUGCUAGGAUCCUUCAGGGUUUUGAUUUAACAACUGUUGCAGGCUUGCCUGUGGACAUGAUUGAAGGCCCAGGCAUUGCCUUACCGAAGGAGACCCCUCUCGAAGUUGUCAUCAAACCACGCCUAGGAUUGGAGCUCUACUAGGUAUCAGUGUCUUUGCCUUCACCACUACAUGCAUACAUCAAUAAAAAAGCUGGUUUAGGCAUCCUAACAAGUCAAGCGUAUGAGCUUGCGUCAGAUUAUGCUACUAUUCUAUGUAAUGAAGCGAAUACCAACAUAUGUGUGAUUUGUGGUGUUGGCUAUGAAUAAAAUGCCCUUUUCUUUUGAUUUCUA